AUGGCAAAAAGAAGCAGUAGCUCUCUCCCUCUUCUCCUGGUCUUCCUCCUCGCUCUUCUUUCAUCAUGUUCCUCUUUCCAUGACUCAGUGUCAUCAGGUCCAGAAGACAGCAAGAAGAAGGUAGGUGCACGGUUAACCAACGAGGUAAAGUAGUCUCACAGAAAAAAGGGGGGAAUUUGAUGGCUCAUGGGUUUUAAGCAGCUGCACAUAGUUUACAUGGGCGAGAAGCACCACGAGGACCCCGACAUCGUCACGUCUCUGCACCUUGACACUCUCUCUUCCAUUCUGGGAAGGUUUGUGCCGUUACGGCAUUUCUCUGCCCUGUUUCGUCAUGUUACCGACUAAACAAAUCCCUAAUCGGACAUGCAGCAAGGAAGAAGCUCUGGGCUCGAUUGUCUACAGCUACAAGCACGGAUUCUCGGGCUUCGCCGCGAUGCUUACCGACUCUCAGGCGAAGAAACUCGCAGGUAACGUAUGUGUGUCAUCAAAUUCUAAGAGAGAAAAAUCUUCAGUGAGAGAGAGAGAGAAAGAGAGAGAAAGAGAGUUUUCGAUGGAUGAUUUUCCGCUUCAUCUGUUCAAUCAUUGCUCUCUGGUCAAGUUGUACGAGGGAAAAAUCUAUACACAGAGAGAGAGAGAGAGAGAGAGAGAGAGAGAGAGAGAGAGAGAGAGGUUACGUGUUAGAGAAUGAAGCAGUGAGCGUAGCGGCUUCAGGAUCAUAACGCCAAGUUUUUUUGGAGUUUUGAAAAGCAAAAAUCCUUUGGGGAUGGGAUCAAACAUUGGAUCGUGCAUGCACUGUUUAGGUAAUGAAAGAAUAAUCGUGAACAUAAUGGAAAACAGACGCUCACAAUAUCUUAUUUCAGGGAUCAAGGGAAUUCUCGGGGUGAGGUUGAGCCGAAACGUCCGGUUGAGUACGACACGUAGCUGGGACUUCCUCGGGCUCACUUACAGCAAUCCUCCUUCUCAGCUCCUCCACAAGGCCCGGCUAGGCGACGGUGUAAUCAUCGGACUCGUCGACUCAGGUAGACCCAUUUGAUACGCAGUAACUAGCUCUCGUUUGGCUCGGGAUUUAUCAAUGAUCUUCAUACUCAGUAUUUUUUUGGUGAGUAAACCAUAUUUACUGUCGGUGUGCAGGAAUAUGGCCGGAAUCCAAAAGCUUCGACGACAGCGGCUACGGCCCAGUUCCGGCACGGUGGAAAGGGACGUGCCAGACGGGGGACACCUUCCAUUGCAAUCGGAAGAUCAUCGGUGCGAGAUGGUACACAGCUGGUGUUGAUGAGGUCCAUUUGAAAGGGGAGUACCUCUCUCCGCGCGACCUGAACGGCCACGGUACCCACGUAGCAUCGACGGCGGCUGGAUCGUACGUGCUGAAUGUGAGCGUAGGUGGGCUGGCUGCAGGGUGGGCGAGAGGCGGGGCCCCACGAGCUAGGCUGGCCGUAUACAAAAUUUCUUGGGGGCAGGAAGGAACGGGGUCUACCGCAUCGGUGCUGGCAGCCAUUGACGAUGCCAUACAUGACGGCGUAGACGUUCUCUCCUUAUCCUUGACAAGCGAAGAAGACUCGUGGGGCUCCCUGCAGGCUAUGCUUAAGGGAAUCACCGUGGUGUACGCAGCCGGAAACGAUGGUCCGUUUCCUCAGACUGUGGCGAACACUUCCCCAUGGGUUAUAACCGUGGCAGCCAGCACUAUAGAUCGGUCUUUUCCGACGGUCAUCACCCUCGGAGACAAUGUCACUCUUGUGGUCAGUAGCAUUGCCUUGACGCUUCCAUAACUUCAACGCUUCCUCUCUAGUCGAUAGUAGUCCCUUUCCAGCCUUCCUUUAAGCUAACAAAGAAAGCUAUAUUUCUUCCAGGGUCAGACUAUAUACCAUGGGAGUGCGGAUUUAAGUGGCGUGUUUGUGGACAUCAUAUAUGGUUAUAGGUCACAACCUCCUACCCUUGCACAUCUUACUUAAAUUUCAUAUAGUUUAACAUUAUAUGCACAUCGUUUCCUUAGUUUCGCCAAACUUCGCCUUCCUGAUGCAGUUGUGACGAAGAAACACAGAAGGCCACCCAGUUUACAGGAAAAGUCGUCCUCUGCAACCCGGGACCUACAGCAACAAUAAAUAGGAUCGCGCUUGCGGCACAGAACGUUGUGAAAGCUAGAGGUCUAGGUCUAAUAGUCCCACAGUAUAGCACUAACUUCCUUCCUCAAUCCGACGAUUUUCCGUGCAUCAUCGUGGAUUGGAUCGUUUUUCAGCAAAUACUCGGAUACAUUCAUUCGUCCAGGUAACCACGUUCCUGAAACUUCAUAACUCUCUCUCUAUCUCUGUGCCUCACGGCUCGCCGCUGGGAUGUGGUGCUCCAUUCACAGGGAUUCUCCCAAGCUAAAGCUGGCUCCCACACGAACUGUAGAAGGCAGGGGGAUCUUGGCACCCAGAGUAGCAGCCUUCUCGUCCAGAGGACCCAACCAAGUCUUCCCUGGCAUCCUCAAGGUGCGUCUGCAGUAAACAAAAGACUAGGUUCUGCGAGAUUUGAAUUACCCCAGACAAAGGGGGGGAUCUGCAUCGGCAUUCUUUUUUUAGUGUAGUUGCAUCAAGUUUUCCCGCGUAAGGUUCUGUUACUUGUUCUUUGUCUGAAAUAUUUCACACCGAUGCAGCCGGACAUCACAGCACCGGGAGUCAGCAUCCUAGCCGCUGCGGGGGAUUCGUACGGUUUCAAGGAUGGAACAUCUAUGGCAGCUCCACACGUAUCAGGAAUCGUUGCACUCCUCAAAUCCUUGCACCCUACUUGGUCCCCCGCCGCAAUAAAAUCGGCCAUUCUGACAACCGGUAUGUUCUCUAAAUUCCCAAUAACUGGGCGUCGUUCCGUUCUCAACAUUAAUCUGUUUCUCUUCACAGCUUCGGUCGUCGACAAAGAUGGUGUGCCGAUAGUGGCGGAGGGCACCCCCCGCAAGCUCGCCGACCCUUUUGACUAUGGCAGCGGCCACGUCAAUCCAGAUAAGGCAGCUGAUCCGGGGCUUAUAUACGAUAUCAAUCCGAAAGAUUUCGACAAGUUCAAGUGCCCUUUCGGUCCUUUCAUGGCUUGUGAGGCUCAGAUUCCCGUCUACCACUUGAAUCUGCCUUCUAUCUCUAUCCCUAAUCUCAAAACCAAGGUGACAGUCUCAAGAACCGUCACCAAUGUGGGCUCGGUCGACAGCAAUUACAUCGCCGUCGUCGAACCCCCCCCAGGGGUCGAGAUAGAAGUUCGACCAUCAAAGCUCGUGUUUGAUGAACGCACCAAGAGACAAAUCUUCACUGUUACAUUGACAUCUGUCCGCAGGAUUCAGGGAGUAUACACCUUCGGGAGCUUGACUUGGAAAGAUGUGACUCAUACAGUCAGGAUCCCUAUUGCAGUCCGCACUGUGAUCAAUGAUUUAUAUGCCGAUGUUGCAUAG